AUGUCAUUCCAAAGUUUCAUCAAGACUCCAACUGAAGACACCGUCGUUCCACAAGCUCCUCCAACGGAACAGUACCCACAAGGUGUCAAUUACCUCAAUUUGUUCAGUCAAAAGGGCAAAUUGACCGUUAUUACUGGUGGUGCUGGUGCCAUUGGUGGCGCUCUAUGUGAGGGUUUCGCUUCUUGUGGUUCAGAUGUCAUUAUUUUGGACAGAACCUUCCAACCAGAACUUUCCGUCCAUUUGAGCAAGACUUACGGGAUUGAAUCCAAGUCAUACCAAGUAGAUAUUACCAACGCUGACGACGUUAAAUUUGUCUUUGAAAGAAUCUUGGAAGAUUUCCCAGGUCGUGCAAUUAACACAUUCAUUGCUAACGCAGGUAUUGCCUGGACUAACGGUUCUAUCUUGAACGAUGGUUCCACCCCAGAAAUGUGGCGCAGAGUCAUGGACGUUAACGUCCAAGGUACUUACCACUGUAGCAGGUACGCUGCUGAAGUAUUCAAGAACCAAGGCCACGGUAAUUUGAUCUUGACUGCUUCUAUGUCUAGUUACAUCAGUAACGUUCCAAACUACCAAACCUGUUACAACGCUUCUAAAGCUGCAGUAAGACACAUGGCCAAGGGUUUCGCCGUCGAAUUCUCUGGUUUGACCUCUCCAGCUGGUAAGAUCAGAUGUAACUCUGUAUCACCAGGUUACACUGAUACUCUGCUAUCCUCCUUCGUUCCUACUGAACAACGUGCUCACUGGUGGGGUCUAACACCAGUGGGUCGUGAAGCUUUGCCACAAGAAUUGGUCGGUGCUUACUUAUACUUGGCUUCCGAUGCUGCUUCUUACACCAACGGUUGUGAUAUCCAAGUUGACGGUGGUUAUACCUGUGUUUGA